AUGCCGACUUUGAAUCCAUUGCAAAUCUACGCGCGAAGACGAAGUAGAAAGGCUCAAAUGUCUCCUAUCGCUGCACAAUCUUCAAAGGAAGUGGCGACCGAGGAUUAUUAUGAAUUGCUUGGCGUCGACAAAAAGGCCAGCGAAUCCGAAAUCAAAAAUGCAUACCGAAAAUUGGCUUUGAAGUAUCAUCCCGAUCGUAAUGCUGGUGACGAACACGCACAAGAAAUGUUCAAGAAGGUUUCUAUCGCUUACGCUGUGCUCUCAGAUCCAAACAAACGCAGGCAGUAUGAUGUCUCUGGGCCCAGUAGCUCUCAACUUGAUUUUGAAGGAUUUGAUGUUUCUGAGCUAGGUGGUGUAGGGCGCGUAUUUGGCGCUCUUUUCUCGAAACUCGGUGUUCCCAUUCCAACGCAAAUUGGCCCAAAGGUUCUGGCCCAAGCACGGCAUCUUUCAGAAGGAUCCCAAUGUGAAGUGACAGCGAAGAAACUCCUCCCGGGUCAACCCGUCUCUUCCUCUAUCGCAAAACAAGAAGCCUCUUUUUACACCGUUGAUAUUGACGAGUCUCAUCAAAAACACGGAGUUGCAAUUGUAGUCUCUUCUGCGUCUAUGAGCAAGUUCAAGCUGGUUCUUUUCGACAAGGAAGGAGGUGUAAGAAUGAUUCAAGAGUCUCAAAAGAAGAAAAGCUGCACUCAAGCCGACAUGUAUUUUGUGCCGUUUCAAAAAAUCAAUAUCGGAGAGUUCAACCCUAUGAAGCAUCAUAUGGAAGAUAAAGAUACACCAUUAGUCUUUCAUUAUCUUGAUCUUCUGGAAACGCAGACGGCACAGUUAUUGGAUAGUCGAACACAUCUAUUGUGUGUCUAUGGGGAUAAUUGGCUGAACAGCGUGAAAUAUUCUAUCUCAUUUUUGCCGCUGGGAAACGAUACCAUGCCUUUUAUGAGUUCGAUUUCUGAAAUGGAGCAAUUGCUAGUCACGAGAAAGAAUGAGUUAAACACCUUCCAAAGAGAAUUUGAGGAAGCGAGGAGACGGUUCGAAGCUGCGGUUGAAAGAGUGAAAACGGAAGAUAAAGAAGUGUCUGAACUAAUCAAGCAUCGUGAGAAAGCCUAUGAACAGGUUGUUGAAAUUUCGCACGGACGGUACUUGCCAAAACAGAUUGUCUCGCCGAAGAAAGAACGAUCUGGCUUUUUCGGACUUUUC